GCGGGGGCCGCGCUGAGGUAAAGGCGGCGGCGGCUGCGAGCAGGAACGCUGCGAGGGGUCCGGCCGCCCCCCACCGCCACCCCUCAGCCAUCGUGAAACUAUGUGGAAAUGGGGUAGUGGGGAGGAUUCUCCUUCCAAAACAGUAGCUGCAGGCUCCCAAGAUGCAGGAAGCAUGUCAGUGACAGAUUUGACUGAACAGCUGAGAAGUACUGAACAGCUGGUAGCACAGCUAAAGGAGCUUGUCAGAGAGAAGGAUGCUGAGCUUCAGAACAAAGAUCUUCAGUUAAAGGAGGAGAAGGAAUCUGCUGAUGCCAAACUUUCCAAGUUGAAGCUGCAAAACAAAGCCAAGGUUGCAUCCUUAACCUCACAACUAGAAGAACUUAAGAAACAGUUAUCAGUGUCAGGGGGCUUAGAGGCAAAAGCAGAGCAAAAAAAGGCAUCAAAAGAGGGAGACCAGGAACAUGCUGCAGCAAAUCGUGGGAAAAUACUAGUGCUGAGAAGGAGAAUUGAAGAACUAGAAUCCCAGAUCACACAAAAAAAUGAAGAGUUACAAAAGAAGAAUGUUGAACUGGAGGCUCAGCGCAGUCGUGGAGCUGAAAUGGAUGCCAUGCUGGCAGAGAAAGAGAAGAAGCUGGCUGACAGAGAUGCCUACAUCAUUGAUUUACAGAUGGCAUAUGGAUCAAGUGGUGUUGCCAAUGAAAUGCUUUUGCCCAAUGAAGAAUUGAAGAAUCAGCUGGCUGUUAAGGAGUCAUCACUACAGAGCAUGGAGAUUCUAGUUCAGAACCUCACCAAGAAGGUUGGGGACAGUGAAGAAAAAUGUAGCUUGUUCAAGGAACAAAUUGAGAGUCUUAAAAAUAUUCAGAGCAAAGAAAGAGAGCGUUUCCAAGGAAAAGAAGCUACCUAUAUGGAAAAUGUACGUGUGUUUCAAAAUAUUAUCCAGGAGAAGGAAAAGGAACUGGUAGCACAGAGAGAAAAGCAUGAGCAGGAGCUCUUUAAAUUAGCUGCUAAAUCUGAUGCAAGUGCUGACCUAGAGCAGCUACUAAAGGCCUUGAAACAGAAGCUCCAUGAAAAGGAAGAAGUCAUGCUGGGAAGGACACAGGUGAUAGAUAUCUUGCAGAAAGAACUGGAUGACAAGGAUCAGCAACUGAAAGAGAUUAAUGAAAACCUGAAACGUGUUGUGUCUGAAAAAGAAAACCUCCAGUCUAAACUGGAUGCUGAGAAACAUGUAAUGAGAGCCCAGUUAAAAGACAUGAUGGAGAAACAUGAGCUUGAAAUGACAAAAGUGAAGGAGAAAUAUAAUGCUGAACUGCAUGAAAUUCAAGAGAAACAUGAAACUGAGCUGCAAGAGAAAGAUCAGGCCCUAGUUCAGCUUAAGAAACAAGUGGAAGAAUUAAGUGGUAGAGGGCAAAGUAAUGCAAAAGAAGUUGGAGAUCUGGAGUCUAUAACCAAAGAGAAGAUGGAAGAUUUAGAAGUACAAGUGAAAUUGAAAACAGAAGAGGCCAGCAAAUCUGAAGCAAAGUUUCUGAAAAUGAAGGCUUGGUCUAAAUCAAGAAUCAAACAACUAGAGGAUGAGCUAAAAAAUUUUUCAUCAAAGAAUAAUGAUGUCUCUGCCUUAAACAAUCGUGUCUCAGAAUUAGAAACUGAAAAUGAAGAACUACAGUCAAAACUGCAAUCAUUACAUGAAAUCAGAACUCAAAAUGAAGAAUUGCUGACUAAGCUGGAAGUCUAUGAAGAGCAGCAAAGGAAGUUGCAAGCUGAUCUUGACCAAGUUACAAAGAGGGCAGCUUCACAGGCCAGUGAAUCAGGUAGUGUGGAUGAGUUGCAGAGUCAGCUCUUGGAAUGGCAAGAAAAUGUACAAGAGUCAGAGGAGUCCCAUGAUCAAGUCAGAGAAGAGAAAUCUGCUAUGGCCUUGAGAAUGGCUCAGAUUGAGGAGGAGAGAGAAGGACUGAUUGAGGAUGACUGGUUCUUUCCUGGCUGCUCUGAUCCAGCCAUGGUCUCAGGGCAACAGGAGCUGGAGGAGGAACUGACCACAGUUCAAGAACUGGGCAGGCUGCAGCAGGCAAGAAGAAAAAGCAAUCAGACCAGCAGGAAGCUACAGGAAGAAUACAACUUUGAUAGAAAACAAUGCUUUCAGGAAUUGAAUGUCACCUUGGACAGUACUGAUUCAGCAGAAGGAGAAAAUAUGGGAGGUUGGUGGCCAGAGUACACUUCACCCAAUGCAGGUUUACGAAGUGUGGUUGAAGAACUGGAAUUGGAAAGAAAUCAACUGCAGGAACAAAUUCUUUGUCUAGAAGAGCGUUGUCAGGAUUUGGAAGAUAGAGUACAGCUUCAAAGUAGAAUGGAGGCUCUUCAGAAUGAAAACGAGCGUUUGCAAACUCAGCUGGCCCAGCUACGCACCCAGCAAAUGCGAGAUGCAGAAAAGAACCAAAUUCUGAUCUCUGGCUUGAAUGAGCAACUUAAGGGACUAAGUGACAGAAAUAACUUCCUUGAAACUUCACUUGGAGAAAGAGAACAAAAACUGUUGAGCAUGACAGAAAAACUUGAACAACUUGAAACUUUGAGGAAACUGCUUCAGGAGAAGGAUCUGCUGAACAAGGAGCUUGGUGAAAAGCUUGUACAUACUGACCAAAGACUGAAUGAAGCCUUAAAGAAAUGCAGCAUUUAUGAAGUGGAGAACACCGAGCAGAAAACACUCAUCAGUGACUUAACAGAAAAAGUUGCAGUGCUGAAAGAAAAGACUUUGAAGCAAGAUGGCGUGGUAGAGUCCAUACAAAUGGAUCUGGACCAGACAAAUGAAGAACUUGACAAAUUGAAUACCAGCCAUUUAGAGGAGAGAUCUCAACUUAUUCAAGAUCUCCAGAAGUGUGAAAGAGAAAUUGAUAAUCUUAAAGAUGCACUGGCAGAAAAAGACAGGGAGAUGUCUGCCCUGUCUUUGAAUAUGACAGAAUAUUCUGAGCAGGUUAUCAUCCUGAAGCAUCAAGUGCAAUGCAAAGAGGAAGAAAUACGAGGGAUGGAAGAGGCUUUAUCAAAGGCUGAAAGAGAAACACAUUUAUUGAAAGAAGUACAAACAGCUGAUGUAAGAGAUGCAAGCUUGAAGAUAGCUGUUCUUUCUGAGGAGAGUAAUGCAAUGAGGUUAGAACUAGAAAGGAUUCAAGUUGAGAAUGAAGCUAAAACCAAAGAAAAUGAGGAAUUAAUCAGACAAAGCAGUGAGAGCAGCAUUACAAUUAAAGAUCUCCGUUCUGAAAUCCAAGCCAACAGUGUUGCCUACCAUAAUAAACUUGUGGAGUGUGAAUCACAGAUUACAUUGCUGAAAGAGCAAAUUAGUAAAUCAUCUGAAAAGCUACAAGAAGUGGAGGAUAAACAUAGAAAAGAAACUGAAUAUUUGAAAUCUCAGCUUGAGGAAAACAACACUCUAAAGGAAAAACGGAAUGAUUUGCUUAAAGAGAAAGAGAGUGAAGUGCAGACACUUGAAAAUGAGUUAAAAUCAAUUAAAGAUUCAUACAACAAACUGGUUUUGGAAAAUGCAAAAAAAGAUGAGGAAUUGACUGAAUUAUCUAGGAAGCUUAUAGAACAUACUGACCACCAGGAAACAAUUAAAAAAGAACUGCAUGAGAAACAAGAGUUCAUUACUUCAUUAGAGCAGAAGGUUCGAGUUUUGGAGCAGCAAAAUGAAGAGAUUGAGCUUAGAUUAACUGAAGAGCUGAAAGCCAAAGAGACACGUUGCAAAGACCUUAAUAACCAAUUAAAUGAAAUACAUAAACAAAUGAGCAAGAUGGAAAUAGAGACAGAGGAAAAAGUUUCAACUAAUAAGAGAUUGCAGGCAGAGCUAGAAGGGAAAGAAGAAAAAUUGGCAGAGCAAAUGAAAGCAAAUGAAUAUCUGAAAAAAAGUAUAGAAUUGGUAGAAAAGGAGAAGCAGCAGCUAACAAAUGAAAAUGAGAAUUUGUUGAAACUCCUGGAUGCAAAAGAAAGUGAAUUGUUAAAGAAAAUCCAGGCUGUGGCAGAAAUAGAGAAUAAGUUAUCAGUUAGCACUGCUGAGUAUGAAAAAACCCUUUCAGUACUAAAUUGUGAUAAAAACAGUCUGGCAAAAGAAAUUGAACAACUUUCUGUACUUGCCAAGCAACAAGAAAAAUCUGUUGCAGAACAGCUGCAAGAGAAAACAAAGGAGUGUAAUGUGCUAGCUGAUCAGUUGUCUGAAAGCAAGGAGCAGACACAACAGUUGCAGGAACAAAUGCAAUCACUUCUCAUUCAGCUGAAGGAUACUAGAGACAAAGAAAUAAAGAAGGAAGAAAUGUUAAAUGAUAAGUUAUCUGAAUGCAGUAGGCUAAUGCAGGAGCUCAGCCAUAGUAAUGAAAAGAAUUUACUGUUGCAGGAACAAAUUCAGAGCAUAAAUUUGGAUUUUGAAGCUGCAAACAGGUCUCUAGAAGAGAAAAUUUUUCAAAAUGAUUCCUUGCAUAAGGAAAUGGAAGAGAGCAGAUCUUGUAUUGUGGAGCUGCAGGAUGAAAUUAAAAAACUGAAAGAUGAACAAACAAAGCUAUCUGAGUUAGUAGAAGAAAGAGACCUGACUGUAAAAACUCAGGGUUCACAACUUGAAAAGUUUCAUAGGGAACUUUCUGAAAAAAUGGAAGAAAGCACAACGUUAAAUAAUCAGCUACAGCUAUUGAGCAAAGAAGUAGAUGUGCUUAAGCUUGAAAAGCAGGACUUUUCAAGCCUAUUGAGUGAGAAAUCACAUGAAUGUGAAGUUCUUCAGUCACAGUUGGUACAGCAACAGUCUGAAGUUACUUCAGCAAGGCAGCAAGCACAUACAGCAGCUGUAGAGAAUGAAAAGUUGAAAGUAGAGAUUGAAACAGUUAAUGUUACAGUAAUGAAAAAGUCAGAGGAAGUAGCUGCUUUAACUUCACACUUGUCCCAACAAGGUCAUAAUAUUUUAGCUCUGAAGGACCAAAUUGAUGGCCUGUUGCUUGAAAAAGAAAGCUUUAAAACUGUUCUUAAAGAAAAAGAAACACUCCUGGCUGAAAAGGAGGCUUUGAUUCAGCAAAUGAAAGAUAGCAAAGUGGCAGGAGAAGGGCAAUAUAUGCAAAUCAUUUCAGAUCUGCAAAACCAAAUACAAGCCCUAGGUUUUGAAACCAACCAGCUUAGACAUGCAAUGCAGGAAAAAGAAAAUGAAUUUAAGAGACAAGCACAAGAAUUAAAGUUAUUAAAAGAUAAAUCUGAAGAAUCUGAUGUACUUAGGGUUCAACUGUCUGAGAAUAUGGAGGUUAUUUCUGACCUUCAGUGUCAGCUUAGAAAUGCUACAGAAAAAUCAUCCCAGUUGAAUGAUUCAAUUAUACAGAAGGAUGAAUCUUUAAAACAAAAAUUAGAUGAAUCCAUCAGUUUAAAAGUACAGCUUUCAGAGGUACAGGAAUCUUCUGUUUUGCAGCAGAAACAAUUGGAGCUUUUAGCCUCUGAAGCAGAACAAUUAAAAGUACUUGUUUCAGAAAAAGAUUUAACCAUCAACAAUAUUUCAGCAUCUAGUGAGAAUUUAAGGAUGCAACUUCAAGAGAAAGGGGAGGAGUGUGAGGUCUUAAAGAAACAAGUGGUAGAGCUGGAGGAAAUGAGAGUGAAUUUACAAAAAGAAAUAGAAAAUCAGAAGAAUGUAAUAAUGGAGAUGGACCAAUCGUUGUCAGAAAAGGAGUCUUCUCUUAUGGAAAAUAAAAUCCUCAUCAAAAAUCUGAAGGAGAAAGCAGGGAAAGAUGAAGAGAAGACAAAUCUGAUUUCUCAGCUCCAAAGUCAGAUACAGGAACUAACACAGGAACUACAGAAAUCUAAAGAACAAGUCAGUGAGAAAGAAAAUGCCUUUUUAUCUCUUCAGGAGAAAAUGGAAGCACAGCAUGAACUAAGAACUGAGUUGAAUGAAGCUCUUGGGAAAAAAGAAGAAGUUAUUGCUGGACUCCUUAAUUCUUUAAAGGAAAAAGAUAGCAGUAUAGAGCUGGCAGACAGCAACAUUGGUGUUCUUUCUAGUGAGAUUGAGGUACUCAGAGAAAAAUUAGAACAAAGCAGUACAGCCAUGAACAAACUUACUAAGGAAUUUCAGGAAAAGAAGGAGAAGCUUGAUAUUAAUCAGAAGGACAUUGAUUCUUUGACAAUUGAACUUGACUCUCUUAAAAAUGAACACCAAAAAGCUCUGGACCAAAUAAGGGCACAGGAAGAAGAACUCCAGCAGAAAGAGUUGGCUGUGGAGUCUCUGCGUGUGAAGUGCACUGAACAGGCAGAGAGCAUAGCAUCUCUGAACUCAGAGUUGAACAACAUAAAUUCCAAAUCAUCUCAAGACUGCCAUGAAAAUGCACUUUUAAUAGGCAGCCUGCAGACCCAGGUGGAGUGUUUACAGAAAGAAAAAUGUCUUUUGCAGGAGGAUGCUCAUAAACUGAUGGCUGAAAACACACAACUCACCGAACUACAAUGUAAUUUGCAAAAGAAAUUGGAAGAGCUCCAAGAAAUCAAUGAAAAACUAGAAACCAGUGAGAAUUAUUCAAGAAUGCAGAUAGAUGCUGUUAAAAUGCAGAUGAAGACUGAAAAAGAGAAGUUACAGAUGCAGGUUAGUGUGAAAGGUGAAGAACUUUCUAAAUUGGAACUUAAAUUUGAAACUCUAGAACAAAGUCUACUUGAGUCAGAAAACAAAUGGGUGACAGAACUUGACAGGGCAACUGUACAAAAUAAUUUACUUACUGAGCAAUUGGGGAGUUUAGAAAGUGAAAUGAAAUCAAAGGAUAGCAAAAUCCAAGCUUUGCAGCAAGAGUUGGAUCUUAUAAAAGAGGGAUUAACUCAAACCUUAUCUCCAUUACUUAAUAGUAGGCUUUUAUGUAAAGAAAAAAAGGCUCAGACUUCAGAUUCUGAACUGCAGCUAACUCAUAGUAAAAUUGAGCUGGAAAAAUUCUCUGCUCUGAUAACCACUCUUUUGAGCAAAGAAACAGAAGGGGAAGAGUUGCAACUGGUGCUUUUAGAAAAACAGAAAGAAAUAGACACCAUGAGAAAUCAAUUAAAAAGUCUGCAGUCUCUUGAGAAGGAGAAGGAGCUGUUGCAGAAUGAUUUUGAAAAAAUGGAGGGCAAAUACAAAUCUGAAAUUGAAUGCCUGUCAAAAGAAAUGGUCAUAGUCAAGGAAACAUUAUGUGAACAACAGUCUCUCUUGCAGGAAAAGGAAGAGUCUUUUGCAGAAAUAAAUAAGCAGGUUGAAUUCCUUCAAGAUAAGGUAAAUAAAUCAGAAGAAUUAGCAAGAGCCAGCGAAGAAGAACUGCAUGUGGAAGGUAAAAAAGUAGCAAGUCUUCUUGAAGAAAUGGGAAAAAAAGAUGAACUCAUUGGAAACUUAACUUCCCAAGUAAAUCAGCAGAAUGAUUUAAUUUCUGGUCUGAGCCAGCAGCUGAAAGAAAAGGACUCUUCUGUUACUCAGAUCAUGGAGUCAUUGUCUAAUGAAAUGCUGAAUUUUUCUGAAGAGAGAAAUACAUUAAACACCAAACUGCAGGAUCUUGAAGCUGUUCAUAAUAGUUCUGUGGGAGAGCUGAACCGAGUACUGCAGGAACUUGAGGAGUGUAAGAAAGAACUGGAGCAGAGUCAGGUUACAUUAAGCAGUAGGGAAGCAGAGUUUAAAGAUUUAAUGAAUGAAAAAGAGGAGAUGCAGUGUAGUCUUGAGAAAAUGGGCAAAGAAAAAGAGAAUCUGAAAAAGAAACUUCAGGCAGCACUGAUAAUAAGAAGAGAUCUCAUGCAGAAAGUUGGAAAACUGGAAAAGAGUGGACAGGAAGAAAUAGAAAAAGAGCAAAAAAAAGCAGAGGAAUUGUCAAAGACAGUUAAUGAGUUAUCAGACAAGCUGAAACUAGUUGAAGUACAAAAUAAAGAUUUUGAGUCUCACCUUGGAACUUUGAAGCAACAACUUUUAGAAAAAGAUGCAAGGAUAAGUGAUUUGACUGCAAUUGUGUCUUCCAAGACCUCCUGUGUAGAGGAACUUCAGGGCACUGUUGCAGAACUAAAUGAUAUUAUUGUUGUAAAGCAAAAUAUAUGUGAGCAAAAUCUAAAGUCUUUGGAGGAAAAGGACUGCAUGCUUGCUCAGAUGCAAUCUGUGCUUGAUGAGAAAGCAAGGGCACAUGAAGUGGAAUGUUCUCAGCUACUUUUAGCUCUUGAAAAGGUAAAAUCUGAAGUUAAAGAAGAAUUGUUAAAAGAAGAAUUGUUAAAAAAUUCCUGUUCAGAAGAGCCCAAUUUUAGUGCUGUGGACAGGAAGAAACAUCUAGACCCCAACAGUGACAUUAAUGUCAUGAGCCAAUUAAAAAAGGAAAAAGAAGCCUUAGAGAGGGAUCUUUUGCUCAGGAAAGAAGAUAUUAAAAAAAUUCAGAAAGAAAGAGAAGAGCAUGCUAAACUUGCAGCAGAUUUUGAUGAACAAAAAAACCAUCUUGAGAAUCUCAAAGAAGAACAUAAAGCACUCCUGGAAGUUCUUCAAACAAAAUGUAAAGAGCUUGACUUGAAUCUGUUAGAAAAGCACCCUCUGGGGGAGAAGUUGGCUUCGCCUAAGGCAGUGCUGGGAGAAGAAGCAGUUGACCUGGGGAAUUUGGAAUCAGACAAACAAGAAAGCAAAAUUCAGCUUGUGUCCUUAAAAGAGUCAGGAAACACAAUCCCUUCAGGGGCAAGUAAAGACAGUGAGCUAGAAGAACUAAGAAGUAAUUAUGCAAAACUUUGGGAGGAAACAGAAAUGUUAAAGAAAGAGUUGAGAAAAUUAUCAGUUGAAUUUGGUGAUGAAAGAGAAGAAAUGGUGAACUUAAACUCUUUGGGACAGCAGGAGCAGCACCAGGAGCAACAUAAGCACAGCUGGUUGGAGGACAUAAAGCAGCUACAGAAAAAGCUGGAGGUGCACGAGGCUGAAGCUAGAGACAUUAAGACAGAGCUUGCACGUGUGAAUAAUGAGAAAGAAGCACUUAUUAAAAGAAGUGAAGAGGAUCACAAGAUGAGCCAGGAGAAACUAGAGAGACUGAGAAUUGAAGUGAAGAAGGAGAUUGGAGAGAAGAACGAGGAAAUUGAAGUGCUGCGUUGUUCACUUGCAGAUUUCAAAGAGAAACUUGAUGUGGAAAAGGAAUUAUUAAACAAAGCUAUAAAGGAGAGCCAAGAAGAAGCUCAUCACUACAAAACAGCUUUUGAAGAAAUGAAGGGUGAAAGAGAGAAGCUUGUCAGUUGUUUAGAAAAGUCCAAUUUGGAACUAAUGAAUACGAGAGAGGAGGUAAAACGUUUCAGUGAGGAAAAUGAAAAACUGCUGGCAGAGCUCUGUAUGCUGCAUGAGAAGCCUGAGCUGAACAGACCUCUGGGGUCUUGCAAAGAGCUUAAGGAAGAAAAUGAUACUAAAAAGGAAUUGGGAGAGUUUUGUUUGGAAAGUGAUUCCCUUCAAGGAAAGGUACAAGUUUUUACUGAUUACUCACAGAAAACCAAACUGAGAGAUGAAACAGAAUGUCAAGUUCAGAAACAUACACAAAUGACUGAAGAGCCAGUGGCAAAAGCAACAAAUGUAAAUGAUUCCAAACCACAAGAGCAAAGAACUGCAGCAGAAGAGAAGUCCAGAGAGCGCCUGCAGAGAAAAUUACAGGCGGCUUUAAUAUCACGUAAAGAAGCCCUGAAAGAAAACAAAUGUCUUAAAGACCAGAUUGAUAAACUGAUGUUGGAAAGAGAAGAACUAAUGAACAAGACAGGUGUGCUUGAACACUUGUUAGAGGUUGGCAGAGAAGAACAAAGGUCAAAUACUGUUUCUGCUUUGGCUGAGGAGGAGAGCCUCGUGUCUGAAAACGCGAGACUCUUGGCUGAAAAUGAAAACCUCACCGCAGCGUGUGAAAGUCUGAAAUCCACCAUGGAGACCAUAGUUCAGGAAAAAGAGGCCUUUUCUUUCCAACUAAAUACCUUAAAAGAUUCUCAGACAGUUGAAUUAACAGGAUGGAAGGCUAAACAUAGUGAAUUAAAACAGGAGUAUGAAUCGCUUCUUCAAGCUUAUGAGAAUAUCAGUAGUAAAAUAGCAGAAAUGAGGCAAGUUAUUGAUCUGACUAGAAAAGAGAAGCAAGAGGCUAUUCAAAGACUCAGGGAAGGAGAAUCUGAGAAGGAGGCUCUUGAGAAGCAUUUACAAAGACUCCUUGAUGAAAAUGAGCUUAUUAAGAAUCAACUGAAACAACUCGGUGAAUCCAAGAAAAUGGAAGUUGAGGAGUUACAAAGCAGAGCAGAAAGGCAGAUCCGUGAGCAAGAGGCAAGGAUGCAAGAACAUCAGGAUCGUCUUCAUGAGCUCACUGAUCAGAAUCAUCAACUAAUGGAGGAAAAUGAGCAGCUGAAACAAACUUCUGAGAAUUUAAAGCAGGCUUUAGAGAAAAUUCAUCAUGAAAAUGAUACCCUUCAUAGUGACAUGACUGUAACUAAGGCAGCUCUGGGAGAGCUCCAAGUUCAAAUGGAAGUGUACCAGAAUGAUACACAGUCUAAAAUCAGUGAUGCUUUACAUGCAAAUGAAUCAUUGCUGAAGGAUGUUAGUGUGUUAAAGGAUAAGCUCUCUGAAAAAGAACAAGAUGUGCUUGUCCUAGAACAGGAAAGAAACUUAAUUUCAGAAAAAGUGAAAGAAACUGAAAGAUCUUUGGAUCAUAAAAAUCAUUGCUUAACAAGGCUGGACAUGGAAUGUAAAAGCCUUACCCAAGAAAUUGUUAGUCUAAAUGAGAAAGUUAAGAUUUUAGAGGAUGAUAAAUGUCUGUUACAGGAAGAAUUAGAAAAUGUGCAAGAAAGCUCUUAUAAAGUAAAGAAUGAGAGAGAAUUUCUUGAGACAGAAUUGCUUAAUCAUGUUAAAAAAAUUGAUCAUCUUACUGAUAGAAUGAAGUCAGCACAGGUACAGAAUAACUUGCUAUUACAGCAGCUGGAAGAAUUAAAGGCAGAAAAAUGUAUUGUGGUUAGAGAAAAAGAAGAACAGCAGUUACACCUUGUAAAAAUGUUUGAAGAGAAGGUGAAAAGUGCUCAGAGAGAUAAUAAUGGAAGUAAAAACAGAACAAAAGAGUUGCAAGAACUCUUAAAGGAGAAACAGCAGGAGAUCAACCAUUUGCAAAAGGAUUCUAUAAAGUUCCAGGAGCUGAUCCUCGAUUUGGAAAGAUCUGUGAAACUGUCACAGUCAAGAAGUGAAAAGUUUGAAAAGGACUUAAAUAAUACGUCAGAAAAGCUUGCAAAAUCAAAUGAAGAAAUCCAUCAUCUCAAGGCAAAGCUUUCUUCACUGAUGGACUUGUUGGAUCAGUCAAGGAAUGAGGUGGACAGGCUUAGAGGUGAGAAUCUCAAUUGGAGAAAAGACCUUCAGAAGAAAGAAGACGAAUUACAAAUUCAGAAGAAAAAAUACGAGAGAGAACUGGAAUUUAAUCUUCAACAAUUAAAAUUGGUUCACAAAGGAGAAGUUUUGAACCUGGAAGAAAGACACGGUGCCCUUGAGAGAGAAAAAGAUAGGGCAGUUAGUGAGAUUCAUGGUUUGCAAGAAGAAAUUGGUGUUAAGGACUCUCAAAACAAGCAACUUCAAGCAGAGUUGAAUGCAGCUUUGGCACGAUUAGCUGCUUUUACAAAGUCUAUGUCCUCUCUUCAGGAUGACAGGGACAGGGUAGUCACUGAAAUGAAAACCUGGGAAAUGCAGUUCAAGGAGGCCAUCCAAAAUAAAGAGAAACAGAUAGAAGACAGUAAUAAAAGAAUAAUGUGUUUACAAGAGGAACUGAAAGAGAAAAUAACUCAGAUUGAAGAACUGAAUAUCAAGUAUUCUGUGGCAGAGGAGACAAAGGAUGAACUGUAUUUGAGGCAAAAAUCUGUUGAUACACGAUGCUAUGAAGAGCUCUGCAGAAUAAAGGAGGAAAAUACAAUUAUUUUUAACAGGCAGCAAGAACUGGAGAGUGUUCUUCAGUCGAAAGAAGAAACUUUGCAAACACUUCUUAAAGAAAACGAUUCUCUUAAUCAUCUCAUAGAGAGUAGUAAGAGUGCAGGAAGAGAGAUAAAAGCUCUGGAAAGUAGUUUUACAAGACAGGAACAAGAACUGCAGCAGCUUAUAGCUGAGAAGGAAAAAAUCAAUGCUGAACUGAAAAAGCAGGUUACUAUUUCUGAGCAAAUGAAGAUCAUGCUAAAUAAUAAAGACAAAGAAAUUUCCUUGCUAAUUUCUUCAAAAGGUGAUGAAAUUUCUGACUAUCUGACUCAGGUACAGACUCAACACAGAGACCAAAUCAAAGAAUAUGAACUUCAGUUAAGGUCUUUGCAGAUGGAGAGGCAGCAGUCUGAGGAGUCCUGUCAGAGGAUGGAAAAUGAACUGAGAAACCUCCAGGUGAAAGCAGACAAAGCCAGUCGAGAUAAGGCUGCAAUUACCAGUGAAAUAGAGGCCUUUAAAAAAUCAAUGUCAUCUCUUCAGAAUGAUAGGGAUGAUCUUUUUUCUAAGUACAAAGAGCUGGAACAUCUUCACCAGGAUGUCACACGUCAGAGGGACAGUCUUUUAGUGGGCAGUGCAAGUGAGAAUAAUGCAUUAAAACAAGAACUGAGGAGGCUUCUCAAUCAGAUAGAUGAUCUUCAUUCUGAAAAUGCAAUGCUGAGUGCACAGCUGAUAAAGUACAGGGAAGAUCUUAACCAGGUUUUAUCUUUGAAAGAUCAUCAGCUGAAAGACUUACUGAAGCAGAAAUUGGAUUGUAUUAAAAGCCUUGAACAAGAAAAAUAUGAUCUUCAAAAACAAAUAAAAGAAAUGCAGCUCUCCACUGAACUGCAAAAAGAUUCUGCUCUCACUUUGGAAUAUGAAAAUAAAAAAUUGGUGUCUAAAGUAAAUGAUCUGGAAUCCUUAAUUGCAUCAUUAAACAAAGAGAAACUUGGGUUUGAAUCUGGAGGGAAACUGCUGAGUGGUGAUGGCAUUCAGAAAAAAGAAUCUGUAUCCAAUGGACAGUAUGGGGAAGAUCUUCAGAAGCAUAUUCAAGAGCUCCAGAAGUCAAAAGGCAGAAACAUGAAGGGUACAGAUGAGGAAUGCAGUAAGACUCUUUUGACACUGAAACAUGGAGAUGAACCUGGUUCUUUUGCAACUAUGAUUUUAGAAGUUCAGUCUCAAAAUACUGAGCUGAGGUCCCAAAAUGAGGCCUUUGGGAAAGCAAUGACUGCUCUGCAGAAUGAUAGGGAUAGGAUAAUAGAGGACUUAAAGGAACUUCAGAGCAAAUACACAUCUGAACUUGAGACAGAAAAGAAGAAAGGAGAUGAACUUCAAGCUGCUUUGGAUGGCUUUAAAAUACAUCUUAUCAGUACUCUCAAAGAAAAUUCUCUUCUGAAGCAGGCUAGUUUUGAUGCUGCAGAUAAGGUUACACUUGAUCAGAUUGCUGCUGAAAUUGAAACUCUCUGUGGGACUUUAGUCAGUCGUGAGAUGGAGAUUAGGAGGCUCUCCUCUGAGUGUGGGAGUUAUGUUCACCAGCUUGAAGCAUUUUCCAAAGCUAUGGCCAGUCUUCAGGAUGACCGAGACAAAUUGCUGCAGGAUCUCAGCAAUCAGAAGGCUAAAGAAGGAGCCAGCCUUGCAGCUGUUGAAAUAGCAAAACUGAAGACCAAGGUUGAUGAUUUGGAGAAGGCAUUGCAUCAGACAAAAGCCUUCCAAGCAGAAACUGAGAGAGAGAUCACAUCAUACCAGAAGGAGCUUGCUGGAUUAAGAAUGGAAAAAAACCUCCUCCUCUCUGAGUCCCAGGCACUGCAAAAUCAGUAUCAGAUCACAGUUGCUGAGAAAGACCAACAGAUUGCAGAGCUACAGAAGCUGCAGCAAGACAUGAUUGUUAAGAAACCUGUUUCUGCUGGCAGCAAUUACCCAGUCAAGGUUUUAGAAACUGUCUCCCUUGCUGGAAGUGCAGAUACACCAGAGGAGAUCAGAAAUGCCUUGGCUGAGAAGAAUCAGCUUCAAACUGAACUGCAGCGCUGUCUCCAGGAGAUACAGCAAAAGGAGCUGCAUUUUCAGCAGGUUAAUUCCAAGUCAGCAGAAGAGAAUGCUGUCCUGUCUGCCCAGCUGAAGACUCUUUCACAGACUCUAAGGGACAACCAGCUUCGUUACACUGACUUGCAAAAUCGUUACUUAAGACUGGAGAGGGAAUAUCAGACAAUGCAAGUGACAUCUUUCCAAGGCUCUGUUCAGGAUGAAACUAGAGCAGAAGUUCCCCCUGGAGCACCACAGGAAAGAUCUGCAGUUAUUGUUGAAAUAGACAAUAUGGAGCUAAAUGAGCUCAGAAAAAGGCUUGCAGAGACAGAGCAACAGUAUGAUUCAGUGCAGCAGGCUCUCUCACAGCUUACAGAAACACUGGCAGAAGAGAAGAGGAGGAGAGAAGCUGCAGAAGAGGCUCUUGGACUCUCUGAGGAGCAAAGUAACAGAUUUGAAGUAAGCAGUUACAGAGCUGUACCAAGUGAAUACACUGUUCAGAUGGAAGCUGAGGAGGAAAGGGAAGCCUUAAUCAUCAAUCCUAGUGAACAUGUGAUUGUGCGAAAGAUGAAAGGAGGAGCCCUUUCCUUCAGAAGAUGGCUCCGAGGACGAAGUCUUUACUGCUCUAAGCUGCUGACCUCCAGAGCAAAGUCCCGCUAUUUAUUCCUCACCUACCUGGUUACACUACAUCUUGUUGUUUUACUGUGCCUCACUGGGGUUCUCUGAGUACACUGCAUUUGCUGGGUAAAUUAUUUUCCUCUAGGUAAUGAUGUGCCAAUCCAAGAUAAUAGACUUUUCACAUGCUGCUGUUGAGCUAUGCACUGGACACAGUUGUACAUAGUAUUCUUGUUACACGACAUGAAUCUGAAGCUUCUUGAAAGAAAUGUGUGUAUAUCACAGUUGCUCCAAAGUUGACUUGAAUUGCUCUUUAACAGUGGAAUAUUAUAUUUGCUAAGGAGAAAAUAUUCACCUCUGUUGAAUUCACCUCUGUUGGCCCUCUAAGGAAGCUGCUGCAUACAAGUUAUUUAAUAUUGUUCGUGAGUACACAAUGAUUGAAUGCUACUGAAUGGGUUGUAAAUGAUAUCUUUUCUAUAUAAAUUUUAUUUUAAGAGUUAAACUAUAAAUUUUAAAGGAAGAUUCAGCUAUUACUGUUUAUUGACUUCUUGAUUAUAACAAGAAGUUAUAUAGAGUGCAAUAAAGGAAGAACUACUGGAUUUUUUUUCUGAAAAAAAAAAAGAUAUAAGAAGGUUGGGUUUUGGCCAUAGAGUGGCCAUUGUAAUGGCUCUGUCAAGGUGCAGAGAUACAUAUAUUGUAAUGAGGUAAGCUGUUGAUUAAAGAUUCAGAAUUGAGAUGACAUGAA